AUGUCGCUCCUGCAGGCUGUCAAAUACCAGCGAGGCAAGCUCGAGGUCCUGGACCAGCUGCUUCUCCCCCACGAAUUCCACUACGACACCGUCUCAACCCGACAAGAGGCCUUUGACAGCAUCGCCACCAUGCGAGUGCGAGGCGCUCCGGCCAUUGCCAUCGUGGCCAGUCUGGGGCUCGCCGUCGAAUUGCACAACAACUCCAUCGCGGGCACUUCAGACGGCGAGGUCAUUGCACAAAUCGAUGAGGCAUUGGAUUACCUCAAGGAGAGCAGACCAACGGCCGUCGAUCUGACCAACGCCAUCAACCAGCUCAAAGCGACAAUCCGAACGGCCGAGGGCAAGGGCAAGGACGCCAUCGUGCAGGCGUUCAUUGAAGAGGCGGAGAGGAUAUUCGAAAAGGACCUGCAGAGCAACCUGUCGAUAGGCGAGCACGGCGCACAAUGGCUCCAGGCAAGGGCCGGCGCCUCGCCCGACCACAAGAUCUCCGUCCUGACGCACUGCAAUACCGGUGCGCUCGCCACCUCCGGCCAUGGAACGGCGCUCGGAAUCAUUCGCACCCUCCAGUCCAAGGGAUACCUGAAGCACGCCUUCUGCACCGAGACGCGGCCCUACAACCAGGGCAGCCGACUGACGGCGUUUGAGCUCGUCCACGAGGGCAUCCCUAGCACGCUCAUCACAGACUCCAUGGCCGCUGCUCUCUUCCGAACGAAAAAGGCAGAGAACAACAUCGCGGCCGUCAUUGUGGGUGCUGAUCGCGUCGUCCGCAACGGCGACACUGCCAACAAGAUUGGCACCUACCAGCUGGCUGUCCUGGCCAAGCACCACGGCAUCAAGUUCAUCGUUGCCGCCCCCACGACGAGCAUCGACCUGGAGACCGAGACUGGCGACGGGAUCAAGAUCGAGGAGCGUAAGAGGGAAGAGUUGACGCAAAUCUCCGGUGCCGUGCGCGUGGCGACGGCGGAUCAGCGAAUCGAUGUCUGGAAUCCUGCGUUUGAUGUGACUCCUGCAGAGUUCAUCGAUGUGGUUGUGACGGAGAAGGGUGCUGUUGAGAAGGGCCCUGAUGGCACUUUUGAUUUUAGCCAGAUUCUGCCUGAGCGAUGGGCAAAGGUGGUUGGUUAAAAAAGACGUGGAAAAUAGAUGAAAAGAAAAAGGGCUGGAAAGAUAAGAGAGGGAGUAAAUAGAGGCAUUUAACAUGCCAUCACGCUGGAAAAGACCAGAGUUAGAGCACAGCGUCACGAUAUAAUCAU